AUGGUGGGCGUCCUGUAUGAAGUGGGUUUGGCCGAUGGAGGUACUAUAGUCGGAGAGGCAAUUUUAGUCAUGAGCGGCAGCGCCACUGACACUUCUUUGGUGAGUACUGCGGCGGUAGACCUCGUGAUUAGCGAGGGCACAGAUGGCGUCGAAACCAUGAAGGUAGCGACACCCUCAGUAGCAGCGACGACAGUGGAAUAG